UUUAAUAUAUCUUAAUGGUAACCGGUUGUACAGUAUUGCCCAGCACUUUAAACUCUAUAGACGUGUGCAAUACAGUUACAUACUAAUAUUGUUUGUAAAUUCUAUACAAUGAUGCUACGUGCGAUUUAUAAGAGCAAGUGGUCCGUCAAAUCGAUUUCAACAAAAAAAUCAUUGUUUGAUGAAGUUUUGACGGACACAUUUGGUAGGAAACAUAAUUAUCUUCGAGUGUCACUGACUGAACGUUGUAAUCUUAGAUGUGAAUAUUGUAUGCCACUUAAAGGUACAAAUCUGUCGGAACAAUCGAAGUUGCUUUCGAAUAGCGAAAUAGUCCGUUUAGUUUCAUUAUUUGCUAAACACGGAGUGGAUAAAAUUCGAAUCACUGGUGGAGAACCUACAGUAAAAAAGGAUAUUAUUCAAAUAGUUGAAUCACUCAGAGAUAUCAAAAAACUUAAAACAAUUGCAAUGACUACAAACGGUUUAACUCUAACAAAACAUUUGGUGGAUCUUCAGCGAGCUGGAUUAAACGCGCUAAACGUUAGUUUAGACACGUUGCAACAAAAAACAUACGGUAACAUCACUAGAAGAGACGGUCGGUUAUUGAAAAAAGUAUUAGCAGGCAUCGAUUUGGCAUUGCAAUUAGGAUUCAAUCCAGUUAAGGUGAAUUGUGUAUUGAUGAGAGGAAUAAACUUCGACGAGUUACGUGAUUUCGUUGAAAUGACUAGAGACCGGACAAUCAGUUAUCGGUUUAUCGAAUUUAUGCCGUUUUCAAUGAAUGAAUGGGACGAAAAGCGAAUGGUGCCUUAUAAAGAAGCAAUCCAAGAGAUAAUGAAGUCGUAUCCUAAUUUCGAACCUUGCGAUAAUGAGCUAAACUCAACUUCAAAGAUGUAUCGGGUGCCAGGAUUUGCAGGCAACAUUGGCUUCAUAUCUUCCAUGACCGAAGAUUAUUGCGACAGCUGUAACAGACUCAGAUUAAUGGCUGACGGAAAUCUGAAAGUAUGCUUGUUUCAAAAUAAUGAAAUCAGUUUAAGAGAUCCGCUUCGGAAAGGAGCUUCAGAUGAAGAAUUACUGGACAUCAUAUCGAAUGCUGUGAAUGAUAAAAAGCGGAAACAUGCUGUAGCUGAUCGGAGCACGUCGGUGGUGAGCGCGAACCGCGGCGGCCGUCUCGCCAGAAACGUUCGUACGGCGUCCAGCGGCGGCCGUAUUCUCGCCCGAAACAUUUGUACGGCUUCCGGUGACGGCGACGGCGGCGGUGACGAUCGACCGCGCCUGACGCACGUGGACGGACGAUCGGGAGACGCGCGCAUGGUGGACGUUUCGGGAAAACGCGAAACUCGGCGGACGGCCACGGCGGUGGCUCGCGUCCGGUUGGACGCGACGGCCACGCGGCUGGUUGCCGAGGACGCGUGCAAGAAGGGCGACGUGCUGUCCGUGUCCAGGCUGGCGGGCAUGUGCGCGGCCAAGGCCACGUGGCAGCUGAUACCGUUGUGUCACCAGAUCAGGCUGGACUCCGUGGCGGUGGACUGCCGGCUGGACGAGCGCCGCGGCCGCGUCCACAUAACGGCCACGGCCGUCAGCACCGACCGCACGGGCGUCGAAAUGGAGUGCCUGACGGCGUGCGCGGUGGCCGCGCUCACCGUCUACGACAUGUGCAAAGCCGUCAGCCGGGACACGGUUAUCGAGCACGUCAAACUGUUGUCCAAGACGGGCGGCAAAACCGAUUACCGAGCAAAGGACGACGACGUCGACGGUUAGCCAACAUUAUGUAUAAUUUUAUGUCGGGGCAAAACGAUCGUUUUAGACGUUUUUCGGCGAGUAAGAUAUUGCUUUCAAAACUCACUUGUCCGUACCUACUUACAUAUUCGCUAAAUCAUAUUAUUAUUGUUUAUCAGUAUCAUAUUGUGUAGUACCUACCUAUCACAACAUCUAAUCAGAUGUUGACUGAUGUUGUCCGAUCUUCUUUAUACUUGUAAUAAUUUUUUUUAUACAAAUGUUUAAUAAUUUAAUAGUAUUUGACUAGACGAUUUGA